UGCGGCUAAGAUAAGUGGACACAUGGAUCAAUACAUGAACGAAGCGCAGAAGGGCAUUGGUAGAGAUACCAGAGGAGCCAAACAUCAGCUCCUGGUUGACAGAACAGUCGCACAAGACUGCAGGUCCCGACGUACCAACCUGUGCACAGCUUGGAUUGAUUACAAGAAAGCCUAUGACUCGAUGCCACAUACAUGGAUCACUGAAUGCUUGGAGUUGUAUAAGGUGAACAGGACCCUAAGAGCCUUCGUUGCGAACUCGAUGAGGAUGUGGAAAACCACACUUGAAGCCAAUGGCAAGCCACUUACCCAAGUGUCCAUCAAAUGUGGCAUAUACCAAGGUGAGGCACUAUCCCCACUGCUGUUCUGCAUAGGACUGAACCCCCUAAGCCAAGUAAUCACCAAGACAGGCUAUGGAUACCGCCUCAGAAAUGGAGCUACAAUCAGUCACCUCCUCUACAUGGAUGACAUAAAGCUGUAUGCUAAGAGCGAAAGGGACAUAGAUUCCCUGAUCCACACAACCAGGACGUACAGCAGCGACAUCGGGAUGUCAUUCGGGCUUGAGAAAUGUAGUCGGAUGGUGACUAAGAGAGGAAAGGUAGUCCGCACUGAAGGGGUCUCACUCCCUGAAGGAACAAUAGCAGACAUUGAGGACAGCUACAAGUACCUCGGUAUACCACAAGCCAAUGGCAACCUCGAAUUGGCAACAAGGAAAGCGGUUACGGCCAAAUACCUCCAGCGAGUGAGGCAAGUACUAAGAAGCCAGCUCAAUGGCAAGAAUAAGACCCGGGCAAUAAACAGCUAUGCCCUGCCAGUGAUCAGAUACCCUGCAGGAAUAAUAAGGUGGCCAAAGGAAGAGAUUCAGACCACGGACGUUAGGACCCGAAAGCUCCUAACCAUGCAUGGAGGGUUCCAUCCCAAAUCCAGCACCCUGAGACUGUACGCAAGCCGAAAGGAAGGAGGCCGGGGACUAGUGAGUGUGAGAGCCACUGUCCAGGAUGAAACAUCCAAGCUCCAUGAAUACAUCAAGGAGAAGGCUCCAACGGAUGACAUACUCAGAGAAUGUCUCAGACAAUGGGGAACAGAAGAUGAGGCGCUGGAAGAGGGACCAUCAUGGGAGGACAAGCCCCUACACGGGAUGUACCACCGGACCAUAACUGAAGUGGCUGAUCUCAAGAAGUCCUAUCAGUGGCUAGAGAGGGCUGGGCUGAAGGACAGCACAGAGGCCCUCAUCCUGGCUGCUCAGGAGCAGGCCAUGAGCACCAGAGCCAUUGAGGCCCAGAUAUACCACACCAGACAAGACCCAAGGUGUAGGUUGUGCAAAGAGGCACCUGAGACGAUCCAACACAUAACUGCAGGGUGUAAGAUGCUGGCAGGGAAAGCCUACAUGGAACGCCAUAACCAGGUGGCUGGCAUAGUCUACCGAAACAUCUGUGCGGAGUAUGGACCGGAAACCCCAAGGUCAAAAUGGGAAACGCCUCCGAAGGUGGUGGAGAAUGACAGAGCAAAGAUCCUGUGGGACUUCCAUAUCCAGACUGACAAGAUGGUAAUGGCGAACCAACCAGAUAUCGUGAUCAUAGAUAAAGGGCAGAAGAAAGCCGUUGUAGUGGAUGUAGCGGUCCCAAGUGAUGGAAACAUCAGGAAGAAGGAACAUGAGAAACUCGAGAAAUACCAAGGGCUCAGAGAGGAGCUGGAGAGAGCCUGGAAAGUAAAGGUGACAGUCGUGCCUGUGGUGGUCGGAGCACUCGGGGCAGUGACCCCCAAACUAGAUGAGUGGCUGCAACAGAUCCCGGGAACAACAUCGGACAUCUCAAUCCAGAAAUGUGCAGUGCUGGGAACAGCAAGGAUACUGCGCAGAACACUCAAGCUUCCUGGCCUCUGGUAGAGGACCCGAGCUGAAUGAGGGACGGACACCACCC